AUGGGUGAGCGAGCUGCAGUCCGCACGAACAAGAUGCUCAACAAGAUCUCGGGCCUGUACGUCAGCAAGACCAUAGGCUACAGCAAGGACUAUGCAGACAGCUUCCAAAGGGUGUUUGGCAAAGCCACAUCUGAAGAUGCGAGCAAGAGAGGCCAAGUUGGGAACCUCCGCACGGUGGACUUUGAAACGGGACCUCUUGGCUUAGAGAUCGAAUGGAGCGCUCCCCCGGUGCUUCUGGCCGUGGCAGCCGACAGUGCCGCCGCAAAUGCCGGCCUCAUAGCCGGCCAGGUUCUGGUGGAGAUCAAUGGCCGGGACGUCUCUGAGUCCCUUCCAGAGUACGAGAUCGAGCAGCUCAUGCAGCAGCGACCGCUGCGGAUGAAGAUUGGCGAUUCCUCUGAGGCUCUGACCCAAAGCCGCUGGGAUGGUGUCCGGCAACAGGGCCUGCUGCAGGUCUCGGGGGCGAUCAAGGCCGAAACUUGUGAAGAGCUCGUAGCCUUCCUGAACCAGGAACUCCACCGGAGUUUGAAAUCCGCUGACGGGCGCGUCGCCACUGUUCGGAACUGGGCCGCCGCAGUCGCAAUGGACCCGGUGAUCUACAAGGCCCUGGAAGAGAUGCUGAGAUGGGACGGCCCGGAAGAGGGCUUGGGCGGUGCACUUGCUUCAUUGGCGGGCCUUGACUCGAGGCUUUGUGCCCUGCACGCAGCGAUGUCGAUGCCGGGGGCUGCGGCUGGGCGCGUGCGCUACACUGACACGCCUGGACUCUACACUGCGGCCAUUGCCCUCGAGGAUGUGUCCUACGACAUGGGCCCUGUGCAUUUCUGGCCAGGUACGAAUACUCCUCUUGCCCACGAUCACUUCGAGCAAGGGCCGCGCGAGUUUCUGGACCAGCGUGAGCCCGCUGCUCCUUUGUUGAAAGCAGGUGAUGCUGUGAUCUACGAUGAGCAGACCUUGCGAUGCGAGUCGGAGAAUCGAUCGACGAAGCCACUGCCACUUCUUUUCGUGACGUUCCUUUCCACGCAUGGAGGAGAAGACACUGCGGCCAGCCCCCUUCUUUUGCCCUCCUUGCAUGGCCGCUUCCGGCUGCGCCACUUCCGGCCAGAGUGA